UGGGUUAAAACACACACACACACACACACGCAAAAGUCGUGCUGGAAGCAAAUCAGACGGCGAAGCGGAUCAGCUAGGAAAGCGGAGGAGGCGGGGCUGUCGGGGGGGCUGUCAUCCGCGUCCCUAUUCCACUAUUCCCCGCGUCCUCCAGUCAGUUUCCGUCGUUCCCCCCAAAUACCUGCUGCCAAAGCCUCGCCGCUCGGUCCUCGGUUACAAUGAAUCACACUGGCUUAUUCUGCUAUUUGGUGAGAAGUGACCUCGAUGCAGACAGGAUAUGCAGCUACAGGACUUCUCGCUGCCGGAGGAAUUGUAAAAGACCAGAAUGCAGAACUGGAAAAUGCCCCAACACCUAUCCAUGCCGUUUGAAAAAGUGGACCGUCAACUCAUUGAAUCCAGUGAAAGACAGAAACCCAGUGGAGCCCGGUCCUUAGAA